AGGAGGCCGGAAGUGACGGGGCAGCUCGCCCCACCCCCGCGCGCUCGCUCUCUCUCUCUCUCUCUCUCUCCCGUGAGGAGAAGGUUGAGGGGAGGGAAAAGUGGGCGGGGCGUGUCCUGGCCGACGCGGGGACUCGCGUCUCGUGGGAAAGGGGCAUUCCGCCGAAGGAGGGCAGCGAGCGGGUUGAGGAGCGGGUGAGUUUGUGGGGUUUUUCCUUGUGUUCUCCAAGGCAGACGCGGACUCCCGGGCUGCUUCCGUGUCGCCUCAGGCGAAGGCCGGGUUGGGGGGGGGAGGGAGGGAGACUCAUUUUCCUCCCAAAUAAUGUUUAUUAAGUUGCUUACACAUAUAACACAUACUGUAAAACAGAUGAAGCAAAAAUUAAAAAAGAACAAGGGAGAUAUAAAACAAAUACAACAAAUAGCUAGAAAAAAAUAUGAACAAUACAAAUUGAUUAAUCAGUUAAACUUCCAACCUCAUAAACAUAUUGCUUGACUUCCUCUAGUCCUUCUCAUCUGAAUUUCCUUUUUUUUUUAAUGAUAUUUAUUCCAAAUUUAAAAUUACAAAAAAAACCCGAAAAACAAAACAGUACAAGAUACAAAGAAAAAUUUGACCAUAACCAUAACAGAGCAUAGAAUAAAAAGGAAAAAAAAGAACAAUAAAAUACAAUAAAAUUUCCUUGUAACUGGAGGUAGCAGUUUUCCAACAUCAUUAUUCAAAAACAAUAUUCUAUUUAUAAUCAAACUUACUAACUUUUCUUAACAUUUUAGGUCUCAUUUAUUUAAUUAAAUCUUAAUUUAAUCCUAGGCCUAAUUGGUACUUUCAAGUAAUUUUUAAUAUUACAGUAUUUAUUCAAAUAGUCUUUAGAUUUCUUCCAAUCUUCUUGAUAUUCCUCUUCUUUCUGGUCGCGGAUUCUUCCAGUGAGGUCAGCCAGCUCCAUAAAGUCCAUCAUCUUCAUCUGCCGUUCUUCCACAGUUGGUAGUUCUUGUGUUUUCCAUUUCUUGGCUAUUAAAAUUCGAGCAGCAGUUGUGGGAGGGAGGGAGACGCUUUGCUUAGAUGAAACUUCGCUUUUCCGAAAGAAAAAAGAACCCAAGGAAUGCCUGCAGUUUUUGCUUGCUGUAAUGUAACAGGUGUUAUAGGGACGCGGGUGGCGCUGUGGGUUAAACCACAGAGCCUAGGACUUGCCGAUCAGAAGGUCGGCGGUUCGAAUCCCCGCGACGGGGUGAGCUCCCGUUGCUCGGUCCCAGCUCCUGCCAAUCUAGCAGUUCGAAAGCACAUCAAAGUGCAAGUAGAUAAAUAGGUACUGCUCCGGCAGGAAGGUAAAUAGCGUUUCUGUUCACUGCUCUGGUUCGCCAGAAGCGGCUUAGUCAUGCUGGCCAGAUGACCCGGAAGCUGUACGCCAGCUCCCUCGGCCAAUAAAGUGAUAUGAGCGCCACAACCCCAGAGUCGGUCACGACUGGACCUAAUGGUCAGGGGUCCCUUUACCUUUACCCUUAACGGGUGUUUUAAACGCGUGUCGUGAAGGAGGAAACCAAGAACCACUUCUGAUUCCCCCUGCAGGCGGGGCGGGGGCGGGGGAGACGGACUUGAAUAAAAUAUUUGGGGGCCCCGCCCUGCACAAUUGAUCGCAAGAUGGGGCACCCCCAGUGCCGGAUUUACAUAUAAGCUAAACAAGCUAUAGCUUAGGGCCCCACUCUCUUGGGGGGCCCCCAAAAAUAUAAAGGAGAAAAAACACAGCAACAGUGUUUUGUGUUGUGUAGGCUCCUAUGAUGUAAGCAAUGGGCCCCCCCUGCUAGCCUACUCCCUAAAAUAUGACUGCUUUGCUCAUUUCUAUAGGAACUUUUGUUAUUGCCAAAUGCCAAUGUGUUUGCAUUAUUAAGUUUGUUAUGAAUAAAAAAUCAUGUUAAGUUAGAGCUUAAUAAUUGUUUCACUAUUACUAUAAAAGGUAAAGGGACCCCUGACUGUUAGGUCCAGUUGUGGAUGACUCUGGGGUUGCGGCGCUCAUCUCGCUCUAUAGGCUGAGGGAGCUGGCAUUUGUCUGCAGACAGUUUCCAAAUCAUGUGGCCAGCAUGACUAAGCCGCUUCUGGUGAACCAGAGCAGCGCACAGAAACGCCGUUGACUUUCCCGCCAGAGUGGUACCUAUUUAUCUACUUGCACUGAUGUGCUUUCAAACUGCUAGGUGGGCAGGAACUGGGACCGAGCAACAGGAGCUCAUUCCAUUGCGGGGAUUCGAACUGCUGACCUUCUGAUCGGCACGCCCUAGGCUCUGUGGUUUAGACUGCCGCGCCACCCGCGUCCCACUAUUAAUAUACUUCUUAAAUGUAUUUCAACAAUUACUUUGAUAAAAUACAUAUUUUGUUAUGUGCAAAUGGCUUUAAAUACCUAUUAGGUCCAUAAAUUACCAUAUACUGCAUAUAUUCAACACAAAAAAGAGCCACAAUUUGUUGAUGACACAGCUGGACAUAUAAAGGGCCCCGUUACCUCCAGUAGCUUAGGGGCUCAUCAAACCUAAAUCCAACCCUACUUAAAUGGCAAUGUCCUCAGAUAUUUUAUUGGGGAUGCCCUCAUGUUUUCCCCACCAUAAACCCAUGAGAAGAACCCCUGCAGGAUCAGGACAAAGGGAGGUCCCUCUAGCCCACCACCCUCUUCUCACAACCGCCAACCAGAUGACCAUGGGGGACCCUUGGGAAGAGCCCUCCCUCUCUUCCCCACCAGGGGUCUCCAGCAAAUGACCAUUCAGAAGAAUUGCUACCGGUGACAGCCUUCUUCACCCAUAAGCUUCUUUCGGGACAGAGACCAAGAUAUACUAUGCCCUGUGUGGUAUUGGGAGGGUGGGGGGUUCCUACUGGUGGAUCUCUUGCCGGCAGGUUCCUAGUAGCCCACUAAGCAGCUGCUACUUUUCUUGUGAAUGAUUCUGGCCAGGAUAGACCAUAAGCAAACUUAAUUCAAUUGUCAGUUGGUUUCUGAAAUGUAAAAUAUUGUGUAUGAGGGGGAGAGUUACAGCCCUUCACGGCCUAGGACCCUCGUACCUACGGGACCGCCUCUCCCGGUAUGCCCCAUGGAGAGCCUCAAGUUACAUAAAUAGCAACACCCUAGUGGUCCCGGGCCCUAAGGAAGUUAGAUUAGCUUCAACCAGAGCCAGGGCCUUUUCAACACUGGCUCCGGCCUGGUGGAACGCUCUGUCUCAUGAGACCAGGGUCCUGCAGGAUCUGAUUUCUUUCCGCAAGGCCUGUAAGACAGAGUUGUUCCGCCUGGCCUUUGGCUUGGAGCCAAUUUGAUUCCCUCCCCCUCCCCCUCUUUCUUUUUUUUCUUUUUCCUUUCUCCUCCUGUGAUGAGGCUGCAUUUUAAUAUUUUAAUGUUUCAAUAUUUUAAUGUUGUAUUUUAAUCUUGUUUUUAAGUUGUAUUCAUUCAACUUGUUUUUAUUAUUGCUUGUUAGCCGCCCUGAGCCCGGCCUUGGCUGGGGAGGGCGGGGUAUAAAUAAAAAUUAGUAGUAGUAGUAGUAGUAGUAGUAGUAAUAGUAAUGUGUUUAAUUGUGAAGUGGCUGUUGGGUGGCUUUUUUGUUUUUCUUAUGUAUUUUUUCAUUUUAUAUCUUGAUUUUAUUCUGUGAACCGCCCUGAGACCCCCAGGUAUAGGGCGGCAUAUAAAUUCAAUUAAUAAUAAUAAUAAUACAUAUAUAGUGUAAGCUACAUAAAACUGAAGCCAGCCCAUCUUCUAAACACUGUAGCCUGUGGAUGCCAAUGCACUUUCUUCUACAUGCACCCUGCUUCCCCCAGUAGGCUGUAGCCAUCAACCGUACUUCAGGUUCCAUAUGUUUAAAAGAUGAGGUCACCAAAAAUUGGGGUCUUAAGAUGCAGCAGCCCUGUUGUAAAACACCCUGUCCAAACAGGCCUGCCCAAGCAACCUCUUGAGCUUAUACAUAUUUCCUAAAAUGUAUUUAACUUCAGAAGCUAUUGGAAAGGCUUAAAGAAACACAUAAAACUAUGUGUGUUGAAGUGGUUUUAUAUGUACAGUGGUACCUCGCAAGACGAAUGCCUCGCAAGACAAAAAACGCGCAAGACGAAAGAGUUUUCCGUUUUUUGAGUCGUUCCGCAAGACGAAUUUCCCUAUGGGCUUGCUUCGCAAGACGAAACGUCUUGCGAGUUCUUGCAAGUUUGUUUCCUUUUCUUAAAGCCGCUAAUAGCCGCUAAGCCGCUAAUAGCCGUGCUUUGGAAGACGAAAAAACCGCAAGACGAAGAGACUCGCGGAACGGAUUAAUUUCGUCUUGCGAGGCACCACUGUAUCAGAAAUGGGGCUUACAACAAAAUGUUGUCGCGUAUUCUCACCCCUAACAGAAAUGUUUCUAUUCAAAAUAGUAGCUAGUUGUUCUCUCCUCUAAGAUACUAAAAUCUUUUUCGGAAGGUUGUUUUAAACUAUUUUGUAGAAGUUUUAAUUCUAUUAUGAUGUUUGCCUUCCUUGAUUCUUUGAAGGAGUGUGUGAAGGAAGUUGCAAAGACCUCAGUCCAUCCCUUUUUGUGACUUUUUGGGUAAUUUCUGGGUUCAGUGCAAUGCACGUGUGCACGGUCACACACACAUUAGAUGUGCCUAAAAUGGUAUCUGUCUGUACUUUGUUUGUAAACUUCAUUUUUUAACUGGAGGUUGCAAUUGCCUUAUCAGAUCUUUAAAAGAAACAAACAAACAAACAAACAAAAAACACACCACUUUAAAAAUAAACAACAGUGUGCUAUUCUGUGACUGUGUCCUGUUUUAGUCCAGGGAACAUCUGGCAAAUCUUAUUUACUGCAAUAUUAAUUUAUGCAGGGUGAAUAAAAUAAGAAAAUACCUUAUUUUUUAACAAAUGUGAAUGUCUUCAAUCUCCUUUUUUGUUUUACUUUUUAAAAAUUCACUUACUGGCUCCUCUGCCCUUCCUGUGUGUUUGUGUAAAGAUAUAACAGUAAUAGCAUUCUCCUUUUGCUUCAGUGCAGGAAGCUUUUGAAAUGAAGGGUGACCAAGGAACACUCUGUAGUAAGGAGAGAGGGUUUCUGUAUGAAUUCAGGGCUGGAAACCAACGUUUUGUGCUUACAGUUCCUCUGAAAUUCCCAGUGCAAGAAAGUGCUACCCAUUUGCAUAGGCAUCUGAUGCGUCCUUACAACUUGCCAUGCUUCAUAGAAAAUGGUAAGGAUUUCUUCUAUACCAUCAAACAUAGACUUUCUCACAGCUGCAUAGGGCCUCUAAAGAACUUGGAUUUCACAUAAUGCCAUCUGCAGACGUCGGAGGGAGAUACAUAGGUGGCCCAUUGCACAUGCAAAACUCUGUUUUUGGAUGUAGGGAAGUUGAGGCUAUAACUCAUAGCUGCUUAUUUUGCCCUGCAGAUCCAAGGGCGGGGGCGAAACUCCUGUUGCGUAUUCAGUCACAUCAUUUGGAUAAAAUGACCCACAAGAUACUGUGAUCACUUAAAAUAAUGGAAUAAUCGCUUUAAAAGGGGCAUUGUUUGCCACAGUGGCUAAUAAACUGUGUGCUGUAUAGACAUAUUGUCUGGAUGGCAUGGGAUACAUUCAUGUGAUGAAUUGCACUGUGUUUAGCCCAAGACAGAGACAUGGGACUGACAUUUGUUGGAGUUCUACUCCCUUGUGCUUGGGUUUUUCUUUAACUCUGCCUUACUAGCUUUAAUUUUGAUCUCAGCUUUCCUCCCCUCCUCUUUAAACAGUCGGGGGGGGCUUCCUUCCUUCCCUCCCUUCUCUGAACUCUUCCUCCUCCCUUCUUUCUGCUGUGGUAAUGAUCCCUCCACCUGUGAAGCAGACCACCAAACUGUAAUGCAUAAAAAUAUUAAAUCAUAUAUGAGGGAUCUGAACACCAAAUGUGUGGAACUUACAACCUUUCCUAUGAAUGUCCUCUUAGUAACCAUUAAAAAAUUGAAUUUACCCUUUAUAAUGACUGUAAAUUAAAAAGAUAAGCAUUUCAGUUGAUGGGUGACCAAAAAAAACCCUGCCAUUAUUUCAGAUUUAAAAGAAUCCCUGAAUAGAUUCAUUGAGGAGGAAUCCAUAAAAGAUCACGAUGAAGAAGCAGAAGCAGCCCUGGAAGCUGUAAAGUCUGGCAAAGUAGAUUUACACCAACUAGCAAAUGCUUGGGCCAAAACCUAUACUGAGGUAAGAAGUCUCCAUAGCAUUAUAUAUGCUUCAGAAGAUGAUGCUGGAACUUAUUUUUGUAGCAUACUUAUUCUUUACUGGAUAUUUCACUCUCUGAUUAGAAAUACAUGAACCAGCUACUGUUGAUUUGGCUCCAUCAGGAUCCAUGCUCAGAGAAUGAGUUUGCUUUUCCAUUGUUCAGUUAUUUGCCUUCCUCCCUUCUCUGGCUCUAAGAAAUGAUGGUUAAUUUGAACAUAAACUACUUCGCAAGGCAUUACCAACUAAUUAUUGCUAGAAGGCUGAUUGAGUUUUCAUCUUUGGCUUAUGCCUUCCUUUUUUCUGCUAUUACAUGAAUUGCUUUUUAGUUUGUUUGCUUUUUUCCUUUUGUAACAAACACUGGCAAAAAUGUUAUUAAUGUAUUAUAUAUUAGAUACUUAAGAACUGUGUGUGCUUGCACAGAAUCUUUUAAGUACAGUGGAACCUCUACUUAUGGACAUAAUCAGUUCCGGAGGUCCGUCCGUAAGUCGAUCCAGGUCACUGGUAGAAGUGCCGUUGUGUUCAGGCGCAUUUGGUGGCAACGCACUUCUGCGCAUGUGCAGACGGCGGCAGCCACUUCUGCGGGUGCACGAAUCGCAGCAAACCCAGUAUUUACUUCCGGGUUUGCCGCGGUCGCGACUUGGAUCGGGCCCAAGUAGAGGCAGUCGUAAGUAGAGGUUGUACUGUAGUUGGUAACACAUGAAUGGAUUUAAGUUAUUAACAGAUAAAAAAGAUAGGUGGUACUGAGUUUUUCUUUCUGGGAAUGAUGGGAGUUAUAGUUCAGAAGCUGAAGUGCCCCACUCCUGUCUGUUUAAAGGUAUGUGGUGCACUAACAAAUAUAAUUUGAUUACCGUAUUUUUCGCUCUAUAGGACGCACUUUUUCCCCUCCAAAAAUGAAGGGGAAAUGUGUGUGCAUCCUAUGGAGCGAAUGCAGGCUUUCGCUGAAGCCUGGAGAGCGAGAGGGAUCGGUGCGCACCAACCCCUCUCGCUCUCCAGGCUUCAGGAAGCUAUCCGCAAGCCUUCAGACCGCGGCGGGAGUGCCCGCCGGGCUCCCAAGGCUUGCGGAUAGCAGCCUCGAAACCCAACGUGGUUUGGAGGCUGGUGGUGAGGGAAAGCAGUGCUUCUCCCCACCACCAGCCCCACAAGCUCGAGGGACAGCGGGGAGGCGCAGUGCCACCUUCCCGCUGUUCCCCGACCUGGUUUGGAGGCUGGUGAUCGGGGAAAGCAGCGCUCCCCCCCCCCCCGCCAGCCCCAAAGAGCAGGUCGAAAGGAACCCGCUGGGCUCUGGAGGCUUCGGGUGAACGCACCUUGAACGCACAGAACGCGUUGUUUUAGAGGGGGAGAACAAGGAAAAAAAAAUUUUUCCUGUUCUCCCCCUCCUAUGGUCCGGUGCGUCCCAUAGAGCAAAAAAUACUGUACAUCUGUAAUCUACUGUAUUGCCUUAAGUUUGCAUUGAUCAAUAAAAUCACUUGUACUAGGAAAGUACUGUUAAACACUGACAGUAUGAGCCAUUGAUAUUAUUUAACAUACUGUUCACAAUCUUUAAUGCAGAUAAAGAACAUUUUAAAGUUAUCUUACUGCCUUUUCUAAAGAUUCUUAUAAACACAGAACAGCAAUAAUUAUUCAAAACAAAUGGGGUUUAAAAGGAAGAAUGAUACCGAAUAAUUUUUUGUACCUCUGUGUUAUUAUUUAUAUUCAUUUGUAAAAAUAUUUAUAUACUGUUAUUCCUAAAAAAAAAAUCAAGAGUGGCUUACAACAAUUGUUCAUAAAACCCAUGCAAUAAAAGUAACAUAUAAAAUAGUUAAAAUGAGAAAUCAGCUACCUGUUCUAGAAAGAUGUAUUCUUAAUUGCCUAAAUAAGCCUGAUGGAAUAGAAACUUUUUCAAGAGGAGUUGAAAAGUUGAAACAAUGCAGAACAAUGGAAUGAAAACCUCCCUGGUGUGAUUGGUGUGUGUUCUCAGAUUCUGGUUGGCAGUGCUUCUAACUGGCAUAUGCUCAUCAAUCAUUUUCAUAUCUUCAUAACCUUAUAUAAAACUUACAUAGCCAAAUAGUAGGAUACUGAAUCGAAUAGUGAAUUGUAGCUGUCUUGUAUCUCACAUUAAUUUUCAGAAAUCCUGUAUCUUAGGGCAUUCCCAAUAAAUGUGAUACACAUCCGCUGUUGUUGAGGCACAUACCCAGCAGCUGUCAUUAGCCCCUGGAUCAAUCUGGUUCAAUCAGUGGAGUCAAAUAUCAGCUAAUAGGAAUUUAUGAAAAGUUUACAUAGAGUUGAUUCUGCCAUGGUGUCCCCUGAUCAAAUUCAAGUUCUCACAGAUUUCCUUUCAUAAAUCUUGUUUCUCCAGGGACUAUUGGCAUCAACUUCCAAAUUAAGAAUCAUAAAUCAUAAAUCAAAGAAUCUGAAUCAAAGCCCCUUUUUGACGGAUUACCUGAAAUCAGCAUCUUAAAACUAUGUGACACCUCUUGGGAAACUAUGGCCCAAAUCAGGGAUCACCAACCUUUUUGGGCCAGUUGGCAAAAUUACUGAAGUGCCUUUUUUGUGCUUAGCAUCUUGUUGGAGCAUAAAAAAAAACACUUUAUUUGAGUUAUUGACAGUUGCUAUACAAGAAUGAAUGUGGGAGAGAUCACCAGUUUGCUAGAUAUGGCUGCAGUUGUCAGCACAUGGAUUCUGAACCAUGGAGGCAAAAUCUUCCAGGGAAAACCCACAAAUUUUAUCAAAACAAAAUGUCCCACGGGCAACCAAUCAGUAUAACAAUUUAAAUUUAUUUAUUUUAUUUUAUUUUUAGUUUUCAUGUGCAGGGCACAUUAUCAUCAUUUUAUAAUUUUCCAGGCAACAUUGGAAUAUGCAAGACCUGAAGACCCAAGCUGGGAUGAAGAUUUUGCAGAUGUCUAUCAUGAUCUUAUCCAUUCUCCUGCUUCUGAAACGCUGUUAAAUCUGGAACACAAUUAUUUUGUUAGCAUCUCUGAACUGAUAAGUGAAAGAGAUGUGGAACUGAAAAAAUUACGAGAAAGGUAAUUCUUUAAACUUGGCAUUUUCUGUUAGACCUAAAAUUAUUAUAAAGAGAGAAGAAAUUAAUCUGGUGUGUGUUGUUUUUCUAAAGAACUACCAGAGAUUUAGGUACUGUCAGGAACCGAAGCACAGACAGUUGGUUUUCUUUUUUUAAUGCACCUCAUUUUUUAAUGUAUUGUUCCCGCCGAAGACAGUUUUUGAAGUUUCCCUUUGCCAGAGUUGAGUGUGUGUGACACUGUUGAUUAAAAACAAAUCUGCAGUCCUUUACAAACUUAAAAGUGAUGGUCAUGGAAGGGUCUUAAUAAGCCUCCUUAUGAAGUUGAUAGAACUAGUUUUAGGGUCAUAGUUCUUUGGAUCCUGGCCACUAGCUGUGUAGUAUGGAAUUUUCUGGAAACACUUCAUGGGGACAGGUCACUAUUUCACACAUUUAACUUGUGCGAUAUCAGCUUCACACACUUGGUGGCUGGGCAAAUAAAAUUCACGCAAGGUAGACAGCUUAAAAGCUCUUUCUGUGCCCGGUUUUCCCUGCUGGGAAGAGAGAGCUUUUAAACUUGUCAGAUUUGCUUCCUGGGCUCUGUAAACCUCCCUACCUUUUCAAAGAAAGGAAGAAAGCCUAUGCUAAAUGGAUAUUGCAGCAUGUAAACUGCCCUGCCCCAUCAUCUGGCCAUGCUGGCUGUUGCAGUUCCUUUUUUAUAAUAGUUUUUAUUAAUUUUAACAUAUAAAUUAUAAUACACACCACAGAACUUCCUCACUUAUAUAAUCUUUUUUGGACUUCCAUCAGCACCUCUGAUGAUCCACCGUUUUGACCACUUCUUAUGCAUUUCUUAAUUUCAUAUUGCCUUUAAUUGUUUUAACUAACCAUCCUCCCCCUUAUCCAUUUUUGCAAUAAUUCCAAUAAUACUCCUCACAAAACUUCUUGCAAACCUACAAACAUAGUCUGAUCAUCACAAAUACUUUUCAAAUAAUCUGUAAAUUUACUCCAGUCUUCUGUGAAUUUCUGGUCCCGCCGAUUUCGAAUCCUUCCUGUUAGUUUAUCCAAUUCUGCAUAGUCCAUUAGUUUCAUCCUCCACCUGGCUGUUGCAGUUCCAAACAUCUGGAGGGCAGCUUACAUAAUGGUAGUGAGAGGAGACAAACCAUUUUUUGGUGGCAGAAACCCUGUCGCGAACUCUCCCCCCAGGGAAAUUUUACUUCCCCCCUCUUUGGUGGUUUUCAUUCCACCAAGCCUUUAAUGGUUUUUAGUUCUGAUUGUCUUUUAUGCUCUUCUUCAAGAUGCUGUUUUUAAGAUAUUUCUUCUCAGCUUUUCUUCUAUUGACAUAUGCUCAUGGUGUGUGGGGGGGUCUCUUGUCAGGGCCAAAUUGUGAUGCAUAUCUAUUUUUUACAAACGAACAAAAUAUUCCUGACUAGAUUUUUAUUGUAGGCAAGGUGCUGAAAUGGAUAAGGUGAUGCAAGAACUAGGGAAGUCACUAUCGGAUCAAGACGUAAACAUGCUGGCAGCACAACACUUUGAAUCCCAGCAGGUAAAUGAAGUACCUGAUUUAAAUAAAUUGGGCAGCUCAUUUGUUGUUAAUCAAUUGGCUGACUCAACGUCUCCUUUUAGGCUUUGGAGAACAAGUGGAACAAUGAACUGAAGCAAACUACAGCUAUCCAGAAACAGGAGUAUCAGGAAUGGGUGGUAAAGCUUCAUGAGGAUCUGAAAAACCCCGGCACCACUCUCGGGUACCCUUCUUUCUUAGUUUUCUUCUUAACUUGCUGAUUAGGGAUUAUAUCUGUUAGUUACUAAUUAGAAGGAGCAGAUUAGGGAUGUUGGGGUCCGUCGCUUCUUCUGGCAAAUGUUGAAUCUAGUCCUGGAUUAAUUUAUGGAACUGUUAUUUUAUUUUAGUGUAGAAAAUCCACAACCUAAUGUGAACUAAAAGCACACAGGAGGUGGGAGAGCCUCCGAUAGGAUGUUACUCUGUCACAAUAAAGGGGUCUGCUUGUGUUGCAAGAUCAGCACCAGGGACCUAAAUAUGAAGGUGGCAGCUGGUUGCCUGUUUGUUUUAACAAAGUGCUCAAAGGGGUGAGCACAGCUCUUCCCCUACCCAUUUUGUCAUUGCAACAACCCUGUGAGGUAGUUUAGGCUGAAGAGCAGCGUUUGGUUCAGGAUCAUCCAGCAAGCAAUUACAGUUUUGUGGGGAUUUAAACAUUGGUCUCCCAGAUACUGGAUGAGGGUGGCGCUGUGGGUUAAACCACAGAGCCUAGGACUUGCCGAUCAGAAGGUCGGCGGUUCGAAUCCCCGCGACGGGGUGAGCUCCCGUUGCUCGGUCCCUGCUCCUGCCAACCUAGCAGUUCGAAAGCACGCCAAAGUGCAAGUAGAUAAAUAGGUACCGCUCCGGCAGGAAGGUAAACGGUGUUUCCGUGCGCUCCUCUGGUUCGCCAGAAGCGGCUUAGUCAUGCUGGCCACAUGACCCGGAAGCUGUACGCCGGCUCCCUCAGCCAAUAAAGCAAGAUGAGCGCCGCAACCCCAGAGUCGGCCACGACUGGACCUAAUGGUCAGGGGUCCCUUUACCUUUACUCCCAGAUCCUAGUCCAAUACUCUAACUGCUACACCACAUGGGCUCUCUGUAGCUCUGCCCUUGAAGCUGUUGCAGUUCACACGGUUAGGGUAAAAUGCCUGUUCCUGUCAAAUUAAUAAAUACGGAGGCAGUGGGGGACAGAAAGCUUUGUCUGGCUUCAUUUUCUUUUCUUUUUUAUUUCAGUGAUGAAAUAAAUGUCCAACCCAAUCAGUGGAGAGAAUCUGCAGAAGGCAAUGGGAGGCUUUUUGAAGACCAGAGACAGCUGGAAGAAAGUUUCACUAUUCAUCUGGGUAAGUGAAGGAUUGAACGUCCAGAGCUUUUUCUCACAGCCACGUUUUCAUUCAUUUCCAGAUUGAACAUGUUUGUCCACAUAUCCAUAUUCAAUGGCUUAACACACAUACAGGCCACAAAUUACCAAAAUUUGAAACAUGUCUUAAGUUGUGAUCUAAACCUAUCUUGGUAACCACAUCAGUGAGUAAAAAUUCAUUGGAAAGCUUGGCUGGUAUUGAUUACAACUUAUGAAAAAGGUUGUGCCCAGUGCAGAUAUUCCAUCACUAAGUUUACUUAGUGUAAAGCAAGUUUUGUGCACCAGCAAAAGUAAUUCAUUUUGGAAAUCGCAUCGGUGAUGACUAAUGUGUCUUCUCUGAUAGCCCAAAUGAUUUUCUAAAUGCAAAUGGACCCAAAAUGGGUUUAUUUCAAAUAGACAGAUACUAAAACUGUUUGAUUUCCCCUGAAGUCAGAUUAUUGUUUUCUAGAUAUGUUUGUAUUCCACCCACCUCGGCUAUUUAUUGAGUUGCUUGAUAUUGCUUCAAUAUUAGCAGACUUGCUGCUGAUCUCUCUCUGAACUGGUGUACUUGGCCUUCACAAGGACAUUACUGCACUAUGGUUAAGUAAAUUUCUAUUCUGAACUGGGGUGAGUCUACUGGGCUUAUUUCACUACACAUGUCUGUUCUUUCACAAGCUACUAAGAGAAUAUAUAUUGUCAGGGAAUUGCCAUCAGCUCAGAGGCGAGAAGUGGAAGGGCAGUUGUGUUACAGGGAGCCUCCGAAGAUCUUGCGAAGCAGUUCCUCCUCUGGCGAGGAGGAAAGCCCUGCCUCCAGUGGGGAGGGGGUGCAGGGACCAGAAGAUGCUAGGGGGAGCCCCAACAUCGAGCCUGAGCAAACCGGAGAGGAGGGAAGUCCCCCUUUGCUAGCGCCCUCUCUGCGCAGGAGGUCUGGGCGCAGAGAGGGGAGGAGAAGGAUGGGGGUCACAUGACUGUUAUACUGGGGGAGGUACAAGGACCGGCCACGCCCAGAUUCUGCUAGCGACUAAGCGGACAUGGACUUGCGAUGCUCUGCACUGUAAAUAGUUUGUAUUAAUAAUAAAGCCUGGAAAAGACAGGUUGGAGUCUUGCCUGUUUGCUCUCGAGCAACCACACCAGCAUCUGACAUAUAUGUUCACCUUUGGGGAGAGAAUGUGUGUGGUUAGAUAUUAAAAGCUAACAGUAGUUAAACAUCUUUAAACUGAGACAUACAGUAUAGCUCUGAUCUUUGCUAUUGCUCCCUCUAUAUGUGGGAUCAGAUAACUGGUUUUACAGUGUGUUUUAGAUUAGCUUUAGCAGUAAAGUCAGAUUAGCUGGACAUGCUUAUAUAAUUCACUUUUCCUGAGGUGAUUUGAGCUCCUUUUGGUCCUUCUCCCACUCCCUGUCUCUCGCACGCACAUCUUAUUUUUUCCUCCUGCCUAGGAGCCCAAUUGAAAACGAUGCAUAACUUGAGACUGCUGAGGGCAGAUAUGCUGGACUUCUGCAAGCACAAGCGCCAUCACCGCAGUGGAGUCAAACUCCACAGGCUUCAAACGGCACUGUCACUUUAUUCAACUUCUCUUUGUGGCCUGGUCUUGUUAGUGGAUAAUCGCAUCAGUUCAUACAGUGGGAUCAAAAGAGGUAAGUCAUCCUCAUUGAAUUGGAUUUCUUCCUGUUGAGUUCAGGUCAAGAGUUACAUAACUACUUCCUUUUUUUGCCCGAACUAACAUAUAAUUGAUCAUUUGACAGCCACCUCUCAUUUGAUAUAAUGAAGUGCAUCACACAGACAAAUAGUUGUAAGGCCCACUUGUAAGAAUGAAAAAUGGGAUAAAGAACAUUCUGUUUAGCUGUAAAUUAACACUAUUCAGUAGUCAGGUUUGCACCCUUUUUUCCUUGCUGGUUUUAAAUCGUUGGUUUUUAAUUUAAAUCGAAGCCCUCCUGCAUGCUAGAACCUUUCCCCAACACCUAGUCUUCUGUGUGAAGGGAAUGUUUUUACACAGAAAAGUAUUCAAUCGUGUGAACUUCUGGCUCAUAAACCAGUUCUUCUCCACUGAGAUCUGCGAUCUUUCUUUCCUUUACUCCAGAUUUUGCAACGGUUUGCCAGGAGUGCACAGACUUCCACUUCCCUGGGAUUCAGGAGCAACUUGAAGUUGUUCAGCAAGUUGUACUUUAUGCCAGGGCACAACGCAGCAGUAAAUCCAAGAGACUGCAUGGUCAGUACUACUUGUAGUUGCUUUCCUUCAAAUAUAAACUGAAAGCAAUUUCUAGUGUCCUUUCCAGUAAAAAUGAGGAAAAUAAACUGUCAGGGAAUUGACAUCGGAGCUAGAGGUGGAGGGAAGGCUCUCCAAUGAUGCUGGAGAAGGGCCCAGCAGGGAGAGAGGCAGCUCAGCAGAUGGGGAAGCAAUUCAGUGCAACACCAGGAAUAAGGAGGGGCAGAUGGGGGAAUCGGCGAGAGGGCUCCCAGACUCUUCACCGGACACCAGCGAGGAGAGCACUGGUCCUCCGCUACCCACGCCCUCCCUGCGCAGAAGACUUCCGCGCAGAGAGAGUAGGAGGAGACUGGGUGUCAAACAACUUUUAUGUUGGAAAAGGUUUAAGAAACGCCCACUGACGGAUUCUGCUAGCGACUGAGGCAGCCACGAAUUGAAGGGCUGUCCAGACAGAAAGCUUUAACAAGGCAACAUAGCCAGGAGAGGCGGCAACUUACGCACGAGCAACCCCAUACCAUUAUAUAAACAUUUCAAAAGUGUUAUUUAAGAAUACAUCUCUGCACACAGAAUUUUUGUUUUAAUUCUCAAGUUUCAAUUGGUCACUGCUGCUUGAGUUAUAAAUGUUCCAGUCGCUUCUUCCUUGUUUGUGUAGAAAAUAAUUUGAUCUUUCCUUGUGUGACAUAAUAUAUAACCAAGAUACAUUCAGUUACAUGUGAUGUACUAUUUAUUUUUUUUAUAAUCUACAGAUUCAGGAAACAGAAACAAUGGCAAUGAAGAUAAAUCUAAGAACAUAGAACAAAACCUAUCAAAUAUUUUGCCUGGUACGUUUAGUUAUGUAGUUUGUUCAGUAAGAUGCGUUCCUUGCUAGAAUUCAUAUUGCAGUCUUUUUUAAAUUCCUGUGUCAAUUUAUCGUUCAAAGCUAGUUGCCAAAUAUGCUUUAACUGAAAGGCACCCCAGAGUUUCCCAGUGCUAGGCAAUUUUGAGAUGGGCUGCAACCAGUAACCUAAUUCAGGUCUCUGUGAAUUAAAGAAUGAUUUGUGUCAUCUUGAAGCACAAAGGGAAGAAAAGCUAACAAAGGAUCUGGUUUAAUAGGUUGCUGUAUGAUUUGGGUAAAUACUAUCUUCCAAAAAUCUGCCACUUUGGCAUAGUCCUCCACAGGUGAAAAAGCACUUCCUUAACCUGACAAACCCACCAACAAUAUGCAGAGCGACUCCAAUAAAUAUAAUUCAGGUGAAUUGGAGUCCUGUGCCAUCAGGCUAGUCUCCUGUACUUUAGCAGAGAUAGAGUGUAAAUGAGGUCGAGAUCAAGUCGCUUUCCAUUCAGCUUCAGUAAUUUUAAUAUUCACAUCCUCCCGUAGCUGACAAGAUUCAGAGUGGUCUGGGUAUUGGAAAUACAACAACAUUUUAUAAAUUUGCACAAUCGCCCCCUUAUUUCUCUAAGGUAGUGUCUCUCAUAGACUUUCAAACAUUGUCAGAGAUUGAGGAGGACCAUAACUGACAGAGAAGACUUGGGCUUUCUGAAACCAGGAAACUUUUAUACCUUAUAGUAAGGAAUCCAGCAUUUUGGCUAAAAUUUGUUUGAUUCGUCAAAUAAAUCUUUCUACUGUGUGGUGCCCUUUUCCUUCCAAACCAGAGAACUGAGAGUAGUUCUCUGGGGUUUUAAAAUUUAGGUGGUUUUUUAAAAAGUAGAAGUGAAGAUGUAAAAGGACUGAGCUUUUGGCCCAUCUCUUCUGUGUCGUGUCAGACUUAGGAAAGAGUUUUUAAAGUGAAGCAGAGAUGGCAAGGCAAAGAGGCAGGGAUGAAGCGUGUUGUUUCCAUUGAAACACACAGGAAUUUUUAGCAUUACAUGUCAGUACUUGUAAUAGUUGACCUAAUUGACAGGAGUCAGAAUAAAGACUAAUGACAUUCCAAAUCUCUUAUGCUGUUCACUAAAGGAUUCAAAAAUAUUCUGCCACUUUUUAAAAGUAGAAUCAGAUAUAUACCUGGGAAGAAUUUAGAAUAAAAACAUAAACUUUGGCAGAAUCAUUGUUUUCAAGGCUGCUAUAUGCCCAAGCCAAUAUAAAUUGAGAGUGGUCCAACUUAUAAUAUCUUUCUCAAUAGAAACUGCCAAAGGAGUAAAAUUGUGUUUCACAGUCAAGAAGUUACAAUCUCAAAUGAAUUUGUAAGUCCACUGUUGCACUACCUUGUUUUGACUAUGUUCUAUUUGUCCACACACGUAAAUGUUAAAUAGCAUGGGGUACGUUUUUACACUUUGCCAUGUAAUCUUGCCAAAAAACAUGAACGAUAUUUAAUUCUUACCUAAUAGAACACAUCUGAUAUCCAGAAUUGGGAUCUGAUGCUAAAAUACUUUCCGACAUUUUAAUCCUUUCAUAGGUUUGGUUUUAAAUUUAUCACUAAACUUAUUAUAACAUUUUUCCCUUAGGAGAAUUUUACAUCACCCGUCAUUCAAAUCUCUCUGAGAUUCAUGUUACUUUUCACCUCUGUGUGGAUGAUAAUGUGAGGUCAGGUAAUAUUACUGCCCGGGAUCCUGCAAUAAUGGGCCUACGAAAUAUCCUCAAAGUGUGUUGCACACAUGACAUCACCACAGUUAGUAUUCCUCUUCUGCUGGUACACGAUAUGUCUGAGGUAAGCAACUUAUCACUAGUAACUGCUUUUUCCUGUUUAACGAUACAGUGGUACCUCUAGAUACAAAUGGGAUCCAUUCUGGAGCCCCAUUCGCAUCUAGAGGUAAACGUAUCUAGCGAUGGCAUGUCUGCGCGCACGUGCAUCGCUUUUCGCUGCUUCUGUGCAUGCGCGUGAUGUAAUUUUGAGCGUCUGCGCAUGCGCAAGGGGCAAAACCCAGAAGUUACGCACUCCGUUACUUCCGGGUUGCUGCGGAGCGCAACUCAAACGCGCUCAACUUGAAGCAAAUUUAACCCAAGGUAUGACUGUAUUGUGGCUGACCCUGCUAGUCUAGACCUGCUAGUUUCCUAAAGCGGUGGGCAUCGACCCACAGUGAAUAAAGACCUAGGAGUCUGAAGGUUCCUGGAGUAGAAAAGCAGUUUAUAAGAUAUAAUGUGAAAAACCUAAUUGGGAACUGUGAUCUUCAGAAAUAAAGGUCAUGGGCAUAUACGGAGUGCAUCUCCCUUUCUACUGAAAAGCCUGUAUAUUUAACAAGAUUCCGCAGUACAGCAGUGUUCUCAGACCCUACUAUAUUGCUUUUAAAAAAAGUAUACAGGAGAAGAGUUUCAGUUUUAAAACCAUUGUGAGGUGUGUGGGUUUUUUUGCAGUAUCCAAAGGAAAAAAAAUUAUUUCCUCCAAAGAUACAGCUAUAAAAGCAAGCUGCCUUCUGGAAAACUUCAAGGAACUUUUAAAAAGGCUUUGGAGCUCAGCUUCAAAGCUACAUUCCCCCCCACCCCAUCACCACAAACACAUAAUUCAGGUCUCCUUGCUGCUGCUUAACGCCAUCAUUUUAAGAAGUUCUCGACACCGUUCGAAAACCUAUGUUAAAAAUGGGAGGAGGAGCAAGCACUCUCUCCCACAAUUAUUUUUUCUCCCAUCCCAAAUGGGGUAGGAACAUAAGUAAAAUAGUCACAUUUUGUUCACUGGUAUUCUGCCUCCCUCUCCCUGCUUGCUUAGGGUAGCUAGCCUAGCUAGAAAUAAUAAUAAUAAUAAUUUUUAUUUAUACCCCGCCCUCCCCAGCCAAGGCCGGGCUCAGGGCGGCUAACAAGCAAUAAUAAAAACAAGUUGAAUGAAUACAACUUAAAAACGAGAUGAAAAUACAACAAUUAAAAUAUUGAAACAUUAAAAUAUUAAAAUGCAGCCUCAUCACAGGAGGAGAAAGGAAAAAAGAAAGAGGGGGAGGGAAUCAAAUUGGCUCCAAGCCAAAGGCCAGGCGGAACAACUCUGUCUUACAGGCCCUGCGGAAAGAAAUCAGAUCCUGCAGGGCCCUGCUCUCAUGAGGCAGAGCGUUCCACCAGGCCGGAGCCAGUGUUGAAAAGGCCCUGGCUCUGGUUGAAGCCAAUCUAACUUCCUUAGGGCCCGGGACCUCUAGGGUGUUGCUAUUUAUGGACCUUGAGGCUCUCCGUGGGGCAUACCGGGAGAGGCAGUCCCGUAGGUACGAGGGUCCUAGGCCGUGAAGGGCUUUAAAGGUCAAAAGCAGCGCCUUAAAUCUGACCCUGUACUCCACCGGGAGCCAGUGCAGCUGGAAAAGCACUGGGUGAAUAUGCUCCCAUGGCAGAGACCCCAUGAGGAGCCUCACUGCAGCAUUCUGCACCUGCUGGAGUUUCUGGGACAGCUUCAAGGGCAGCCCCACGUAGAGCGAAUUACAGUAGUCAAGCCUGGAGGUGACCCUCGCAUGGAUCACUGUGGCCAGGUCGGGGCGGGAAAGGUAGUACACACAUUCAUGGGGCUCUGCAAAAUGUGGUGUGUUCUGUCGCUCGGUAGGCACAUCCUGCGAGGAAAUAGCUCUGGGCACAGUCAGAAUCUAGAAUCGAUUCUGAUUGACUUAUUAGGGCUUGAUAAUACCUGCCCUCUCCGGUUUAUUAAUAGGAUUUUGUGCUGUGUGCUCAUUCCAGUAUUGUGAUUGGCGUGAUUAUUAAUAGAUGGCAACUUCUGCUAUUCCACAAACACACAAUUCCCAAGUGUUCAUUGGCUUUUAUCUGGCAGUAUGUUGCAUUGUGAUCCUAAGAAAAAAUGUCACCAGUAUUCACAAGAAUACAGUGGUACCUCUAGUUACGGACUCAAUCCGUUCUGGGGUGCCGUUCGCACCCAAAAAAAUGUGCAACUAGAGUGCCGCUUACGUGCACGGCGCAAUAAAACGCUUCUGCGCAUGCGCACGUGGGGCUUGCCCCACUUCCGAGUUUGCCGCGUUUGUAUCCUGAAAAAACACAACCGGAGACUGACGUAACAAGAAGUAAUACUGUACUCGAAAAUGGGAUUUCUCUCUUAGCCUACUGACAUAUGCCCAUGUGUGUGAUAUGUGAAAAUGCAUAUCAGAAUGAUGGGGGCCCUCCAGAGAAACGGGGAAAAUUUGUGACCCCUCCUUAAGAACAACUCUUUUGGUGUGGAAGGAGGGGAAUAUGGUUUUCACCCAGGGAUGUCUCCACUCACCCUGAUAUUGGAUCACCCUGCUUUUAGACCCUUGGAUAAUAUCAGCAGUUCCAGGCCUGGGAAUCAAUGGGAGUCCAUAGAAUGGGUGCCAUUAAGGAGGAGGUUAUAAUUGCAUUGCUAGAGAGGACCCUAUCAUUCCUCCUGCAUGAUAGGGUCACUGGGUUGGGCUCCAGCUCCACCUAGUGGACAGGCGGGAAGUGGGUGUCUCCUAAUCAGCUUUUGCUCCCACCUGAGGCAUUCUCAUCACUCUUGGUCAGGGGUCAACAAAGUUUUCGUGGCUUGGGCCAGUUCACGGUCCCACAGAAGCCGCGGUAGGCCGGAGUGUGGGUGUGCGCACAUGCGCAAAUGCUAUUUCCGGAACUCCUUCCAGUGCGGAGGAGACGUGCACAGUUUCCCAUUGGCUGCAGGAGCUUCCUGCAGCCAAUGGGAAGCCGGUCAGCAUCACGGAAGGCGGUUCCUGCUGUGCUCUGCACCGGUUUAGCGUGGAACACGGGAGGCGACCAAGCCGGUAGCGGGGGUCCCCGAGUGCCUGAGUGGGAGGCGGGGGUCCAUGGGCUGGUUAAAUGACCCCCAUGGGCUGUUUGUGGCCCAUGGGCCUUAGGUUGCCAACCCCUGCUCUUAGUUCUCGCUUCUUCUACAUUUUUUUCCACUCCUCUGAAGCCCCUCUCCACCCAACUGCCCUCCAGCUCUUCCAACCUCCCUCCAUUUGGAGCGGUAGCUUCCUCCCACCCUUUUCGACCUUUCCUUUCCUAAAUAUUUUUUUCAGCUUGUUUAGCUAAAAAAUGAAGAAGAAAGGGCUUCCCCUCUUUCUCCUUCCUCUUCCUUUCCCUGCUCAAGGGACUGUAUUCAGGGAAGUGGACUUGGAUCACAGCCUGCCCAUGACCCAUAGAGCCGUUCCACAUGGUUCAGUGCACCUGAUCAGGCCCAUGUCUUUCUUGGGUGAGCAUGUCUGUAACUCCCCUUGCCUGCACAGGGCAGCAGCCUUCAGCACUUUUCAGCAACUCAGGACCCCCCAGUAGGCCACAAGCAAGAUAAGGUACCUUGACUAGGUAUUGAUACAUCACCCAGGAGUGGUUUGAGGGCCAGAACACGGUGGCGCUUUCACCUGGCGGUAUAUCGUGGGUGAAACCACUGCUGUCAGGUGUAGCCACCAUCACACACUGGCCCUUCAACUGAGGGGGAAACGAGGCGCAGAGGAAUGAGUCCCAUUGGCCCUGGCCCCAUUGUAACUCCCUCUGUGCAGUGGCUGCAAGUGCCACAUAAUGCUCAUUCCUCACUUGUAAGAAAGCUCUCCUCUUCCCAGAGGGGAGGUGUUGUGAGGGGGAACCGUUCCUGCGUCAGCAGGGGGCCGUGUUUCAUAGAAUCAUAGAAUCAUAGAAUCAUAGAGUUGGAAGAGACCACAAGGGCCAUCGAGUCCAACCCCCUGCCAAGCAGGAAACACCAUCAGAGCACUCCUGACAUAUGGUUGUCAAGCCUCUGCUUAAAGACCUCCAAAGAAGGAGACUCCACCACACUCCUUGGCAGCAAAUUCCACUGUCAAACAGCUCUUACUGUCAGGAAGUUCUUCCUAAUGUUUAGGUGGAAUCUUAUUUCUUGUAGUUUGGCUCCCUGCAUCAUCUCCCCGGCUGCUGCCCCGCCCUGCAGUGGGCCAGCCAAUAGGGUUGGCCUGGGGGCGGGGUUUAGCCGUAUUCAAGCAGCCGCGGCAGCCUCCGCGCCUCAUUCUGCUUCCUGGAAGACGUCGGAUCACCCGCCCGCCCACCCUUUAGGCUAGGUUUGUGCUCUUGACCUUGCUAUGGACCUUGGUUGGUUGCCCAGGGGGCCUGGUAGGAGUUUUUGUCCAUUUGGCUAAAUUGGCACCAGCCUCUUGCUUUUUCGCCUGUUGUUGUUUAGUCGUUUAGUCGUGUUCGACUCUUUGUGACCCAAUGGACCAGAGCACGCCAGGCACUCCUGUCUUCUACUGCCUCCCACAGUUUGGUCAAACUCAUGAUGGUAGCUUCGAGAACACUAUCCAACCAUCUUGUCCUCUGUCGUCCCCUUCUCCUUUUGCCCUCCAUCUUUCCCAACAUCAGGGUCUUUUCCAGGGAGUCUUCUCUUCUCAUGAGGUGGCCAAAGUAUUGGAGCCUCAGCUUCACGAUCUGUCCUUCUAGUGAGCACUCAGGGCUGAUUUUCUUAAGAAUGGAUAGGUUUGAUCUUCUUGCAGUUCAUGGGACUCUCAAGAGUCUCCUCCAGCAGCAUAAUUCAAAAGCAUCCAUUCUUCGGCGAUCAGCCUUCUUUAUGGUCCAGCUCUCACUUGCAUACAUCACUACUGAAUUGCCUACCUCAUAGCAAUUCGUCACAACUUUUCCGAUUUUGGUGGUUAUGCACUGGAAUAUGUGUUGGGGGGUGGGGGGUGGCCAUCACCUACCCCGCCCCAUUUUGGGUAUUCCGUUAAAGGAAUCCGGCGGUCGUGGAUCAUGUCCGAUUCCCUUGCUGGUGGCUAGGGCCACGGCAUGACCCCCGGUAACAUCAGGGGAAGCUUCCAGUUGUAUUUGCAUCAACAAGCUCCUCCCACUGGUUGUUAACCUUCAAAUGACCCCCCGCUGCGCAGGUGGGGUCGAAUAUAGGUAGUUUGAUCCAGUGCAUAAGCCAAUAACGCUCACAUGCUGUAACCAAUGAAAGUUGUGGCCUUUUUCAGCCCGUUAACCUAAAAUACUUGUGUCCAUGUCCAUUACUUCUCCACUACGCGGGUUAGGGUCCUCAACUCACAAAUCAUUCUUUCAUUGUGGCAGCACCUGUACUUUGGAUCUCCUUCCCCCUUGACUUCAGGCAGGUGCCUUUGUUGUACUUUUUGCCAGUUGUUAAAACAUUAUUGUUUAGACAAGCCUGUCCAUUAACAGCCUGUCCAUUGACGUUACCUUGUUUUAAUCUCUCUUUAGUCUAUUGUUAAUUUUAAUUGUUUUUUUGAAUGUUUAGACUUGUUUUUGCCUGAUUUUUAUUUACAAUGCUCAGAUUUCUUGUAAACUACUUAGAGCUUUUCUUGCAAUCCAGCGGUGUAUAAAUUUUGUUAAAUAAGAUAAACAAACGGUGCUGUUCUGAGAAGAUUAAUUUUAUAGAUUUAAAUUCUGUGCUGUUCUCUGUGCCCUGGCUUAUUUUUAUUCUGUGCAUACCCAAAAUGACAAGUACACACGUUGUCAUCCAAAGCAGUCAUCAUCCAAGUGUCACAUCCUGUUUCUUCCAGAAAGCCUUUUAUGGCAUCAUCUCGUAACCUCACUGACUGCCAAAUGUGCUGCUAAUUUCCCUUCAGAAUAACAGGACCUUCCUUUUUAGAGUCUGGUUUUUAUCUUCGCCAAGACGCAGAUCAAAACCACCGGCAAACACCCACGUUGCAUGUGAGCAAGAGAGCGUGUGGGCAGAUGAAAUUACAAUGGAGAUCUAGUAUUUCUUCCGCUAAGCCUGAAAAAUCCCUAUAUCUGUAUUCCGUUAUCCCUUGCUACUCUUUCUGAUUCAUAUAUUACAUAACCCCGAGGGCUAAGUAAACAGACGUUAAGGAUUUGCAUCAUGAGAAAAUUGAUUCUAAAUGUUUCCAGUUUACAAGAUGUUUUGUGGUUUUACCUUCAGUCUGUAUUUUAUAAAUGUUCACUGAAUCUAGGUAUUUUAGUCUUGCUAUCCUUGUAGGACAUGGUGGGACAGAUUUGGCUGCUUCCAAACAAUGAGUCUGAAAUUUAACCUGAAUUUAACAGUUAUUUAUUUUAUCAAAUGUAAGUUUUGACUUUCUAUACUAGGUCCUCAAGGUGGAUAAGUGAAUAAUGUCGAAAAUACAACGUAAAACAAAAACCAGUAAAAAGCACAGAUGGUAACUGAUAAAGCAGCAAGAUAAACACAGUCAUUAGCUGAUAUAAAUUGGUGUAUUUUGAGAACCCAAGAAUGAAUUUACAGAGCUUAUUUAUUAGCAGACUUAUGAAAUGAUUGGGACCCUUAAUGUGCUUUCGCAGUAUGAUGACAUAGUGCAUGGCAGGGGAGCAGAUUUAAUCACAGUAUAGUUUGACUGUGGCAUGAUAGAAUCAGAGCCGGAGAGGAUCUUUUAGGCCAUGUAGUGCAACUCCCACUUGAUAGAACUACAUCAUCCCCAAUGUCCAGCCUCUUCUUGAAGAGCUCUAGAAAGUGAGAACCCACAGACCUUCUAGAGACUUGGUCCCAUUGCCCAUUGUCUCACUGUUAAAUGAAAUGAGACUUGUAUUAAUAAAGAUAUUGGGGGAGGGCAAGCAACAGGCAGUGGUUUGGGGCGCGGAUUGAGUGAGCAUAGCAACCGUAUAUUCCAUGAAUUUGAGAUGUUAAAGUUGGAUGAAUGAAGAAAUGGUGACAGUUAACUUGUUGCAAUGGCUUAUUAAUUUGAGUCAUUUGCUGAGUGUCUUGAUCUGUAUAUAAACCCCCUGCUAUUUAAUUGAUAAUUAAUCAAUUUCAAUUUUUGUUUUUUAAGGAAAUGACUAUAUCCUGGUGUCUGAAAAGGGCAGAGCUUGUAUUUAAGUGCGUUAAAGGUUAGUAGUGCACAGUCAUAGUCUACAUUUUUUGGAAAUGCCAAUUUCAAGAGUAAUGGGAACAUCCUUAACUCAGUAAGCCCAUGCAUUGCAAGCAAAAAGUUCCAGGUUCAAUCCCUGGUAUCUCUGGUUACAAAGCUCAAAUAGUACAGUGCGGAAAGACCUGAGACCUUUGAUAGCACUAGACUAGACUAAAUCAGCAUGAGACAACUUCGUAUGUUCAACUAAAGUAGUGGUUUCUGAACUGUUUGAAAACUAGACUUAACUACUAUGCAGAUGUGUGUGGAAUUGCAGCCUGAACCACACUGCAUAUCAAUAUUAUUUUCUUCUGAACGGAGUAUCCAUCAUAAAAUCCACUAUGCCAAGAGCUCUUUGUCUUAUUGAGCUUUUCAAGACCAGAAUAAACUCUUUGGGCCUUCCCAUUGAGAAUACCAGAUAGACACCAUAAACAUAGAAGAAACUGCUCUGUAUGAUCUACCGUAUUUUUUGCUCUAUAGGACGCACUUUUCCCCCUCCAAAAAUUAAGGGGAAAUGUGUGUGCGUCCUAUAGAGCGAAUGCAGGCUGCGCUGCUAAGCCCAAAGCCAGAACAGGGAGACGGAGCACUGCGCAAAGCCUCCACAGGGCAGUGGGGUGAAGGCACCCCGCUGCUCUGCGGAGGCUUCAAAGGUUGUGCUCCGGGGGCUUCAGGCAGCUAUCCGCAAGCCUUUGGAGCACGGCAGGAAUUCCCGCUGCCUCCAAAGGCUUGCGGAUGGCCGUCUGAAGCCUGGAGAGCGAGAGGGGUCGGUGCACACCGAUCCCUCUUGCUCUCCAGGCUUCGCUUCACUGGAGAGGUGCUGCACAGUUUUCCCUCUCUGCGCAGCACCCCUUCAGCAAAGUGGGAGGAGAAAUGGAAGGGGCUCCGUUUCUCCUGCCGCUUCGCUGAAAGGGCACUGAGCAGAGAGGGGGAGAAUUUUUUUUUUCCUGUUCUCCUCCUCCUAUGGUCUGGUGCAUCCUAUGGUCCGGUGCGUCCUAUAGAGCGAAAAAUACGGUACCGUAUUUUGCGCCCCAUAGGACGCACUGGCCCAUAGGAUGCACCUAGUUUUUUUGGGGGGAAAUAAAGGGGAAAAAAAUUAUUUCGCCCCCAGGUGCGGAGCUGGAAGAACCAGGUCGGGGAACAGCGGGAAGGCGCGCUCCGCCUCCCCGCUGUCCCCCGAGCUUGUGGGGCUGGCGAUGGGGAGAAGAGCGCUGAGCCCGGGACUGCAGGCACCUCUGCGCAGCCAUCGGGAGCCGGGCAGGACUUCGCACCAUGCUCCGAUGGCGCGCAGGCUGCGCUGAGCCCGGACUGCAGGCAGCUCUGCGCGCCAUGAGCCGGUCUCCGAGGUUGCGCAGAGCUCUGGCCUGAGAGCGAGAGAGUCGGUGCACCGACUCUCUCGCUCUCCAGGCUUCAGCGAAAGUCUGCAUUCGCCCCAUAGGACGCACACACAUUUCCCCUUCAUUUUUGGAGGGGGAAAAGUGCAUCCUAUAGGGCGAAAAAUAAGGUAGUAAUAAUGCAUUAGGUAAGACCAUGUUGACUUGUUUCUCUGCACUAAGAGAUGCAGCCUGCUUCCAGUCCCAGCCAAGCCUUGUAUGAAAAGCAACAUGUUGCAGGAAGCUGUCCUUGCUUUUGGGGUUGUGGACAAUGUAGUGUGGGGAGAUAGGAAUUCCUCUUCCAAGGAUGUUCCUUUCCAGUUCUAUUCCACAUUGAAUUGUACUAGCAGAACCACUGAAAGUCUGCACUCCUUUAGGUGGAACUUGGGCAAAAGCUUGUACGCUUGACUCAAGCCAGUUCCUUUCAUGGUGUGAUGUGAAGCUGUUGUAGAAAACUGGGAGCGCCUAACUGGCUUUGAUCAGUCAGGUGGCUUAAUCACAGAAGCCAGGUUCUAUUAUAUACAGUCCUGGUUGGAGCCAUGACUUACAGGGUCACUGUGUUUUUGAAUUCCUUCCAGGAUUCAUGAUGGAAAUGGCUUCAUGGGAUGGAGGGAUUUCUCGGACGGUUCAAUUCCUGGUACCGCAGGUAAGUUAAUGAAGACACACACACACACUUUAAAUUUUGUUAUGUUCUAGAACAGAAAUUUUGAUAGGUUCUAGAACAGAAAUGGUUCAUAGAUUGCCCUGAGUGGUGGUGUUAUUUUUAAAAAAUUAAAAUUAAAAUCUAUCAACUUUAUGCCAAAAGGCACCUCCCAAUCCCAUGGUUUUGUUAGUAUUUAAAAAAAAAAUAGUGUGGUUUAUCAGACGGAAUGCCUGCCCUGGAUUCGAAUCUCAGUUCAGCUUUGGAACUCCCUAGUUUAUAUCCCAGCUUACAGGUUCAUUGUACAGAUAAAAUGGGGACGGUCAUCGUAUAUGUUGCCCUGAGCUGCUUGGAGGGAGGGUGGGAUAAAAAUAUAAUUAAGUGGCUAUUUGUAGCUGAUAAGCAGAACUUUGCAAAUAUGUGGCGUAGAUUCACACAUUUUGUAAAAUAGCUGUUUGUAUAAAAUAAACAGAGUUUAUUUUGUGAAAUGAGAGGCGUGUUUUAUUGAUUGCUGGGAUGAAUCUGAAUAGUUGGAAAUUCCGUCUCCCACCUGAUGUGUAGGGUGCCCUUAUGAAGCUCUUUCGGGAGGAAGAGCUGGAUAUAAAUUAAAUAAAUAAAAAUGUAAAAGUUGCAAGGAAAGCUCAGAGGCUUAAAUUGUGUUUGAGCUAGAGAGAACAAGAAACGUAUUUAUUCUUUGGCUCUCUUCCUUUUUAUUACAGAGUAUUUCUGAAGAAAUGUUUUAUCAGCUGAGUAAUAUGUUGCCACAGAUUUUCCGUGUCUCAUCUACGCUCACUCUGACAUCCAAACACUGAGUGCCGUCAAAUACUUGGAAAAGGAAAUAUAUAACACUGGAUCAAUUUUAAUACGUUAAUCAUCCCCUCCUUAAUGAUAACCACCUGAAUGUGAUUAGGGUGCAAAUUCCUUGAAAAAGCUGGGACUCAAGACAUACUUUAAAGCUUGCACGAGGCGAAGUGCGUUGGUUUGUUGUUUUCCCGCCCCUCACUUUUGUCUGCAUGCCUUCUCACCAUAUUAUGGGAUGUUUUGGGUCCUCCAAGCUUCAGAAGCAGUGGGGAGAGAGGGGCAGUAGGAAAUGUGGUAGAAGCCUAAUUGAUGUGUGAAAUACAACAGUGGAGCUCUGGGUCAAGCCGUAGUGUAUUUUCCUGUUCAUAAAUAUUGUCAGAGACAUAAAUAAUUUUUAAAAAAUGGAUCUCUUGACAAAUGUGUUGAUACUUUGUAUGCGGUGUAACGUUGAUCUCAUUUACAUUGUUGGCAUUUGACAUUCUUUGCAUUUAUUUAUAUGUGCAGAAAUGGCUACAACUUGCUUCAGCGCACAGGUUGCAGUCAUAAGCUUAUGGAGGCUGGUGGCCGCUGCUGGGAACAGUGGUCGUCAUUCCACACACACCCCCCAAAAAAAAAAUAUGUUUCGUGCAACUUACCUGAGGCCAGAUACCAUGGCUUUGUGCAUUUGACCUGCUCACAUUCCACCUCAUUGGCUGCUAGGAGCCAGGGAAAUGCACAAUUUUAGGAAGCCACAAUAUGGGUUACCAAGGGGAAGGGAUUUAGACAUAACACUGCUGUUUUCAUUUGCAGCCAUGUGUAUAUUGUAGCAUCUGACCUUGUUAAGAAGCAAGUUUGGCGAGUCCACUGCAACUUCCUUCCAAGCGGAGUGCUGGCUUAAUGGAGCAAGAUACUUUUCUAUUCCUGCAUUAUUAUACUUGUUCAGUAAUACGUAGUAAAGCAUGAAAUAUGAUAGGUAAGCCCUUUAGUAGUAUGAUACAUUUAAACAAAAUGAGAGGAGAAUCACCUUCCUUGAGUUAGCAAAUGAAAAAUAAUGAUCAUUUCUCACUGUCCUAGAUUCAUGCCACAAGAUUUGUGUGGUGUGGUACAGUUCUGAGUCCUAGGUCACAUAGUUUCAGUCUUUUACUGAUCAUUCUUGUAAUUGUCACCCAUUUCUAGAAUUGACUUUUCCUUUCUGAGGUACAGUGUUUUGGUGUUGGGAUAAGAUAUGACAUAUCAGCUCCUCUGCUCUCCCAUCACACCAUUCCUCUUGAGAGCCUGUGCACAGAACUGCUCUGGAAGAUAAAACUGUCUUUUCUUUCAUCUUAACCUAUAAUACUAAAUAACCUGAAACACUCGAAGAGCGUUGCUCAAUUAAACCAUGACAAGCAUCAAUAGCACAUGCUGUGGGACAAACGCCACCUUGUCCUUGUCUUCAGACUUCACAUCAAAUGAAUGGAUCAGUGUGCAGAAUCUAGAAACUUUAUUUGUGAGUGGCUUGAAAUGAAAUGAAAUUUAUUACGGUCCCAGACCCAGCUUCACAUACCGUACUAAGCGAACGUAAAACACAAUAGAAUUAAGUUUGAAUUAACAAUUGAAUAUAACAAUAAACAAUAUGAAUAUGACAGCCAUUAGAAAUGUGGUUUAGGUCUUAGUCUCUAAAAUAUUAUCUAGAGUUUGCAUCUGAGGCCUUAGUCUUUGUAAUAGCACAGCGUGUUCCCUGAGUUUUAUGGCAGCUGCGCAAAAUUUGACCACCCUUAGUGUGAUCUCUGGGUCCUUAUCCUCUAUCGGGGAUUUUAAGCAUUGAGGUUCAGACCCACUUGGAAUUUUCUGUAUAACAGGGGUGAUCAAGACUGAGCAUAUAUCCUCAUAAGAACGACAUCGUAGCAAGACAUGAGAGACGGUUUCCACCUCUAUCAGGCCGCAGGGGCAGAUUCGCUCCACAUACAGUUUUAUUUGCCCUGCGUUAAGGUAGAUGGCAGCAUGUUGAAUCUAGCAAGGGUGAACGACCAUCUUUUAAUUUUGACAGAUAUAUUGCUGGGGUAAAACCUAUCCCAGUGUCUUUGAUUGAUGGGUUCUUAUUCAUCUCACUCACAUGACACCGAAAUUCUGCAUCCCAGAUUCGUUGGUUGAGUGGCUUUGUUUUGCUUCCAAACCGAUAGACACAGACCCAUCCAUGCAGUUUUAGGCGAAUUAUGUCAUAAAGGUUAGGCCUCUCCAUAAUUUAAAAUGUAAUCUAUUUAAGUAAGGAUCCUUCGUUUAACCCAAAGGAGGACCUGCCUUCUCAAGGCAGGAAGCAAAAAUUCCAAGCAAGUUGGAAGAUCGGUGGGAGUUUGGAGACCCUGGAGAGGAGAAAGGGAAUCAAAAUUAAAAGGGUAUAUGAACCUGAUGCUUAUAGAGCAUGGGUAGGCCCAGGGGCCAGAUCCAGCCCAAUCGCCGCCUAAAUCUGGCCCGCAGACGGUCUGGGAAUCAGAGUGUUUUUACAUGAGUAGAAUGUGUGCUUUUAUUUAAAAUGCAUCUCUGGGUUAUUUGUGGGGCAUAGGAAUUCAUUCAUAUUUUUUUUUCAAAAUAUAGUCCAGUCCCCCACAAGGUCUGAGGGAUAGUGGACCGGCCCCCUGCUGAAAAAGUUUGCUGACCCCUGUUAUAGAGUAAUACCGGUUAUGUUAACAAACUGCUCCUUUGAUGUGAAUAAGCACACUUCUUUAAAGAAAAUUUAAAAAAUUGUCCAGCAGCACCUUAGAGACCAAUGUAAGUUUGUUCUGGGUAUAAGCUUUUCUGUGCAUGCACACUUCUUCAGAUACUAUUUUCUAAAAGAGUAACUCUGCCUCUGUUUUUUAAAGAAAUAAUUAAUAUGUGGUCAGCAGACAAGGAAGGACAAGAACCCAAGCAGCUGUUUCCCAUUAGAAAGGGACAAUAGGGAAGGACUCUUGAGAAAAUUUCCCCAUACAAAAUCAUAAUAGUAUUUGCUGUGUCCAUUUAGUUCAGUAGUCCAGCCUGGAUCUCCAGGUGACCUUGCAUUAGUUGCUUAAGCAUUGCCCAUUUUUUGCUAAUCAUCCCUGUUCCCUGCAGACCGCUGUACCCCUUCUCUUACGCGAUAACAGCAUUUUUUGUUUGGGGCUGCGUGUGAAAGGGAUUGCAGCAGCAAGCAAAUAGGAGAGCCCUGUUCCAUAUUUGCUCAUAUUUGGCUUUCCUGUGUCAUUACAAUACACCAUCCAUUCAAAUAGAUUCUGCCUCUAUAAACAUAGGAUUUUAGCAAUUGUGACCAAUGUGAUCAUAGACAGAUUAGUCCUUUCUCUCUUUUUAAGCCACCUAAGCUAGUGGACACGGACGCGGGUGGCGCUGUGGGUUAAACCACAGAGCCUAGGACUUGCCGAUCAGGAGGUCGGCGGUUCGAAUCCCCACGACGGAGUGAGCUCCCGUUGCUCGGUCCCUGCUCCUGCCAACCUAGCAGUUCAAAAGCACGUCAAAGUGCAAAUAGAUAAAUGGGUACCGCUCUGGCGGGAAGGCAAAUGACAUUUCCGUGUGCUGCUCUGGUUCGCCAGAAGCGGCUUAGUCCUGCUGUCCACAUGACCCGGAAGCUGUACGCCGGCUCCCUCAGCCAAUAAAGCGAGAUGAGCGCCACAACCCUAGAGUCGGCCACAACUGGACCUAAUGGUCAGGGGUCCCUUUACCUUUACCUUAAGCUAGUGGACAGUGAAUGCCGUCAUAAUGCAUUGUAAGGCCAUUGUUUUUGCCCCGUGAACCUGCUGUAAGUCAACUUAAUUGGAAUGGCCUGAGUUCCACAGUUAUUAUUCUGUAAUUGUUUUACAAUCUGGGUUCUUUUCAUCGCUAUGUAAGGGGAAAGGAUGGGCUGAAGGAAGGCAGCUGAGAGAUGCAUCUGGGGGUGUCAGUUUCGUUUCUGGGCAACCAUUUUACAGCUGCUGUGAGUCUGAAGCUAAAGGUCAGUACAGAGACGCUGCAGAAGAGAGUUCCAUGCACAUUCCAGCUGUGAACACAUGGCUGCUGCUUGUCUGUUUCGGAGGAAUUUUCAGUGUACCCUCGCAUGCUUGCCUUGACCUCGCUCCAUGCCUUCCGUCUAGUGUGAAUCAGGCAGGAGCUAUUCUCUAAUCUCACGUCAAAUAGGCAUUCUGCACAGGAGAUGCUUUGAAUAGCUGCAUAUCAUCAUUAGAGCGGUGGCUAUGAAUGGAUCUCAUUUAUCUUUAGCCCAAGGUUUGCAUCCUAUUUGCAAGGGCCUCACGGGAUCAUCAAGCCAAGAUCAAGCUUAAAAACUCUGGAAUAUUGAAUAAUUUGUGGAAUUCGUUGACUUCUAAAUAGGAGGAAUGUUCAGUUCCUUUAAAAAGGAGGGUUGGGCCAAAAUUAUCUCAUUUUCGGAUCAUUUUCAUGUGUCAAAGAAGCUCCCCCCAUUUUUGGCAAUUUCCUGCACUUGGUACAAGCAUAUUCACAUUGUUUCCAUACUGUUCCUCUUGGGACCAUUUUGUCAAGCGAUCAUCUGGCACCAAAUUUCACAUUGUGACUGCAGAAACUCCGUUUGUAUCACAUCACAUUUAUCUAUUAAAAAUUUUAUUCUGCUUUUCUCCC